UUGUGUUGUUUUUCUCAUCAUCCAAAGUUAGGACACAAACUUCAACUGCAACCAAAAUAUGUCACUUGUCAGAAGCAUGACUAUGCAUAGUGGGAACCCUACUUGGAAACCGCACUUACAUACAUAGGGAUGGGUGUGCACACCCCCACGUUGUGCUGUGCCAUAUGCAGCGGGUUGACCUUCGGAGACGGCUGUGUAAAUGCAGGACAUUACGCCACGUCUCUGUCGGCGCUAUUGAUUGGUAUUCUCCGAGCUGGGUACAAGCGCUGACUCCAACCGCCACUCGGGCGGCCGGCGGCCGUCUGUGGUCAGGUCAGCUGUUUGAACGGGGCACCUCCGGAUGUGGAGAUCUGCAGCCAAUGCCAGUCACGGGGCGGGUGUCAACAUGGGGCAGAUGUGACCCUCGGUGCGUUCGUAUAAAGGCCGAGAGGACGGUUUGAACUGCCAGUACGACAUCUGAAGGAGACUCAGGAUAAUGCAGCUGCUACUAUUGGUUGGGUGUCUAGCCGCGGCGGUCACCGCCCGACCCCAGGCCCUGGACUCCACUCUGGAGGACGCCGGUAUCCUCCGCAUGGAGUCCUCCCAGGCGGAGGACGGCUCGUUCCAGUACGCGUUCGAGACGGCCGACCGGAUCAGACAGGAGGUCUCCGGCCAGCUGAGGCAGAUCGGUGAGGAGUUCGGCAUCGUCAUGCAGGGCAGCUACUCGUACGUGACGCUGGACAGGGCGGGCAGAGAGGUGCCGAUCGAGGUGCGAUGGGUGGCCGACGAGAACGGCUACCGGGCCGAGAGUGACGUGCUCCCGCAGCCGCCGUCUGCCGCCGUCAGAAGUGAACCGCUGGGAGGCAGCCGGCCCGGGCGGGGCGCGGCGCGACGACGGACACCGGCGCUCCGUCUGGGAGAGAAUGGAGCUGGACAGAGGCCGAUCUCCCGUCUAGGAGAGAAUGGAGCUGGACAGAGGCAGGAGGUCUCCCGUCUGGGAGAGAAUGGAGCUGGACAGAGGCAGGAGAUCUCCCGUCUGGGAGAGAAUGGAGCUGGACAGAGGCAGGAGAUCUCCCGUCUGGGAGAGAAUGGAGCUGGACAGAGGCAGAUCUCUCGUCUGGGAGAGAACGGAGCUGGACAGAGGCAGGAUAUCUCCCGUCUGGGAGAGAAUGGAGCUGGACAGAGGCAGAUCUCCCGUCUGGGAGAGAAUGGAGCUGGACAGAGGCAGGAGAUCUCUCGUCUGGGAGAGAAUGGAGCUGGACAGAGGCAGGAGAUCUCUCGUCUGGGAGAGAAUGGAGCUGGACAGAGGCAGGAGAUCUCUCGUCUGGGAGAGAAUGGAGCUGGACAAAGGCAGGAGAUCUCUCGUCUGGGAGAGAAUGGAGCUGGACAGAGGCAGGAGAUCUCCCGUCUAGGAGAGAAUGGAGCUGGACAGAGGCAGGAGAUCUCCCGUCUAGGAGAGAAUGGAGCUGGACAGAGGCAGGAGAUCUCUCGUCUGGGAGAGAACGGAGCUGGACAGAGGCAGGAGAUCUCUCGUCUGGGAGAGAAUGGAGCUGGACAGAGGCAGGAGAUCUCUCGUCUGGGAGAGAAUGGAGCUGGACAGAGGCAGGAGAUCUCUCGUCUGGGAGAGAAUGGAGCUGGACAGAGGCAGGAGAUCUCUCGUCUGGGAGAGAAUGGAGCUGGACAGAGGCAGGAGCUCUCUCGUCUGGGAGAGAACGGAGCCGGACAGAGGCAGGAGAUCUCCCGUCCUGGACAGAACGGAGCUGGACAGAGGCAGGAGAUCUCCCGUCUAGGAGAGAAUGGAGCUGGACAGAGACAGGAGAUCUCCCGUCUGGGAGAGAAUGGAGCUGGACAGAGGCAGGAGAUCUCUCGUCUGGGAGAGAAUGGAGCUGGACAAAGGCAGGAGAUCUCUCGUCUGGGAGAGAAUGGAGCUGGACAGAGGCAGGAGACCUCUCGUGUGGGAGAGAAUGGAGCUGGACAGAGGCAGGAUAUCUCCCGUCUAGGAGAGAAUGGAGCUGGACAGAGGCAGGAGAUCUCUCGUCUGGGAGAGAAUGGAGCUGGACAGAGGCAGGAGAUCUCUCGUCUGGGAGAGAAUGGAGCUGGACAGAGGCAGGAGAUCUCUCGUCUGGGAGAGAAUGGAGCUGGACAGAGGCAGGAGAUCUCCCGUCUGGGAGAGAAUGGAGCUGGACAGAGGCAGGAGAUCUCUCGUCUGGGAGAGAAUGGAGCCGGACAGAGGCAGGAGAUCUCCCGUCCUGGACAGAACGGAGCUGGACAGAGGCAGGAGAUCUCUCGUCUGGGAGAGAAUGGAGCUGGACAGAGGCAGGAGAUUUCCCGUCUAGGAGAGAAUGGAGGUGGACAGAGGCAAGAGAUCUCUCGUCUGGGAGAGAAUGGAGCUGGACAGAGGCAAUAGAUAGCUCGUUAGGUAGCUCGUUUGGGAGAUUGCAAAACUAAACAAUAAAGCUUCAAGAAGAAUUGGUGUAAUAAUUUCAGCUUGUUAUAUACAUGGUUGUAGGUACUUAAGUUGACAUCACCUGCCCACUGAAUGUCCCUUGCAAUGUGAACUCCCGGUGCCUUUUUGUUCGCAAAUUGCAUCGCCUAAUUCCAUUAAUGAUCAAUUUCGUACGGGACAUUGCCAUUUGUGCGACGUGCGACACAUGUCCGUCGUUGGUAUGUACUCGUGUACCUAUGUAAAAUAUACAAAAGCGAUACUGU